CGGGUCUAUUUCCGGUGGAACAGUUUCUUCGCUGAAGUGGAGUUUCUUUCUGAACUUGUCUGUAAUGGCAGAGAAGAGUCGCGUGUGCAGCGUAUGGGUUGGUUCGGAAACGGGGAUUUUAAAAGGGGUCAGCCUGGCCAAAAAACAGGCCUUCAACUUCUGCGAAAUGAGCCAUCUGAGCCGAGAGCAGGAGGUGUGCGUGCUGUGCUGGGGUGACGUUCACGAGACAGAGGUGCUGCUGGGUUGUGCCAACGGAGAGGUGAAGACCUUCAGCACAGAGAAGGGUGUUUUCACAGAGACACGGCUGUGCGGUCAGAUCGACGAGGGCAAGUUCACCGGACUCGCUGUUGUGGACAGUGCACUGGUCACUUCUGUUGAGUCUGGGCUGGUCAAGGUCUGGAAGGAAGGCAGCACUGACACAGUUGAGAUCAACGCGGGGAAGAGUGUAUGUCGCAUGCGACAGAAUCCAGCACAGCGCCACCGCGUGGGAACAGGGGGGAAGGAGAACGGACUCAAAGUGUGGGACCUAGAGAGACCUGACACCCCCGUCUUCACAGCCAAGAAUGUUCGCAACGACUGGCUCGACCUGCGUGUGCCAGAGUGGGUGAGAGACUUGGCGUUCGUCCCCGACUCGGAUAAGAUUGUCACCUGCACAGGACACCACCAGGUGCGAGUGUAUGACCCCGCCACCCCUCAGAGGCGGCCAGUCCUGGAGACCCAGUUUGGGGAGUACCCACUCACCGCUCUCUCCCUGCCCGCCAGCCCAGUAAGCGUCGUCGUGGGCAACACGCAGGGACAAAUGGCCGUGUUGGACCUGAGGAAAGGCCUGGUGUGCGGCAGCCUGAAAGGGCUGGCUGGUGGAGUGCGGGAGUUGCAGUGCCACCCCUCCCUCCCCCUGGUGGCCUCAUGCGGCCUGGACCGCUUCCUGCGGGUGCAUAGUCUGGAAGACCGCUCUGUGCAGCACAAGGUGUAUCUGAAGUCCCGAUUGAAUUGUUUGCUUCUGUCCAGCAAAGACCCGCAGGAGUGUCCUGCCACGCACCAGGGAGAUGAGGCAGUAAAAGAGGAAGAGCACGGGGGCGAAGAUGAGGUGUGGGACGCCAUGGAAACGGUGACGGAGAAAGCGAGCCAAAGGAGGAAAGCCACGGAAGGUUUUAGAGACGGAGCAGAAAAGAUGGCCAUAAAGAAGAAGAAAGUGAAGAAGUGAUGGCGGAAGACAGCGAGACUGGACAGAACAGCAUCUUUCGACAGAUGGGGGCAGAGUGGCGGGACCUCAACCCUGCUUGGUGCUUGAAUGCAAGCCCAUGGGACAAAUAGUGUCUCACAUCCAUCACGGUUUGCUUUACAGAUGAGUUAUCUGUGCGCCUACAUGUAACAGUCCUCAUGUGCCCCGUCCGGUUUGUCCCUGCUCACCUGGCUGCAGGAAUGAAGCAGAACAUCGGACAGAUUUAUGCCACAGCUGCAGAAAAUGGUUUCCCCCGACUGGUUGAAUUUAAUAAACAAGUGAACAUCUCUGGAGUGUUUUCAAAGCAAACUGUUGGUGUCAUGGAUGUCAGAUCACUUGAACUUGAACAUGAUUAGGUUGUGGUGCUAGAGUUCAACCAAGUUUGUUACAGUGAAGCUUUGAGUCCUUGAAGGCGCCCUGGUGUUUUACCUUUUACAGGCGGGCCUAUGACAUCGUGGUAUAAGUGGGCAAAAUUUUACAGUUCAAAUAUGUGUUUCUGUUUUUUUAUGUAAGACCUUAGUAUAUGUACACUGUCGAUACAGUAUUUCGUUUGCAUGUCUCACUCGUGCCCCCUGGUGGACUGCAGUGGAACAAAUGGCACCCCUGACACUUCCAUACUCUCUGUGCGCUUAAAAUGUAUAGUUCAUUUUGAAUUAUCAUAUUUUUAAAAUAG